UAAUGACUUGUUCUAACUUCAGAACUUGGGUUUUUAAUAUAGGUACCGGUACUGUACUUUUAUUCUUAGUUAGCAUAUGUAUUAAUAUGGAUGACAUUGAGGACACAACUCCAUUAAUUUCUAAUCAAGAUGAUUUACAAAGUCCAAACUCACAAAUAAGGGAAUUAUUUCAGCAACAAAGAAGACGGAAAGUUAUUGGAAAUGAUGCUAUUCUAUCUCCUGAUAUCAUAAAUAUUUCAGAAAGCAAUUGUUUGGAUGGCUUAGAAGCUGAUCCUCCUGAUAAUAUUAUUUCGGUAUUUGUCGUUGCAUUUGACACAAAAUGUGGUAAUAUUAUUGAAUGGUGCUUACCAAGUGACUUUGAUCUCAGUACAGUUGAAUUCAAAGCAAUGCCCAGUGGAGCUCAUACUGUUAACUCGGACUUUUUGUAUUUUCGAAAAGAUAACAUGUAUGGUCUCAGCUGUUUUGAAAAAAUGCAAGUGGAUUCUACUGAAGAACGAGGAGUUCGUAUGAAAUCAGUCGGUGUUCUUGCCACCACAUAUACUGCUCUUCAUAAAUAUUCACAAUUUCUUGAAGUGCAAGUGAGACAUCAACUUCAAACUCCUGGGGAUUACAAGCAGCUAAUCGCAUUUUAUGAAGAUAAAAAAGGGCUCAUACCACCAUCUUUUCCAAUAGAUGAAGGCAUUGUAUCAAACUUUCCAUCAUCUGGUGACCAACUUGGACUACCUGAGAUGACGAUCACCCAUCCUGUCGGAUGUUUUUUGCACUUCAUUCGUUUCUUUGGUGAAAGCGUUUUUGUAUUAUGGAAACUUGCACUUCUUCAAAAAAGAAUUUUAUUUUUUUCACCACCACCGAUUGGUGUUGUUUGUUAUAGAGUCUAUUGCACAUCAUGUUUAGCCAAGAAAAUCUCCACUAAACAGAUAAGAAGAUCGACGAAACCAUAUUUUUAUGUAAAUAUUGCAGACAUUGAACAACUUGAAAACGAAAUGUCAUAUAUAGCAUGUACGACAGAAAAAAUAUUUUGUGAGAAACCUCAUCUUUAUGAUGUUUAUGUUGACAACAGAGUGAUUAAGUCAGUAAGUCCUGCGUUAAAAAGUGUUUUGAAAGUGAAUAGAUGUGAUGAAGAAAAAUAUCAACAGCUUUUAACUUUAAGACAAGAACAUGUUUAUCUGGACGGAAUAGGUGAAGCAGAACAUCAUAAUGAAGAACAAAUGUUUGCAUCAUUCUUCAUGGAACAGAACAACAGAAUAUUUCAAACAUUAUUCGAUAUUUCAACUUCUGACAACAAAACAUUAACCACAGAACACAUGAGAGCGAUGGGACUUGAUCCUUGUUCAGAUAGACAAUUUAUAACUUUGUUACUUGAAACAUAUAACAUUGAUGCUUUAAUGGUUGUUGAUAAUCCAUGUUGUCCUGUAUAAUUACAUAAAUGAAUGCUA